GAGGGGAAGGGAUUUGGGCUUUUCUUUGGCCUGAGAGUGCCGUGGCCUCUUGUUUGCCGAACGUUGCAGCUCCGUCCCCUGCCAUCGCCCCUUCCAUCUCAAUGUCGCGAUUCGUCUCCCACCACUCUUUGCCUUCCGCCUCCCCUCUGCUCCGCUCGUGUCCACACUCACCUCCGCUGUCUCCUGCUCUGCCACGUCAACGCCAUUGCUGCCUCCCCGGCCUCCAAUUGCUUGCUUGCUUGCUUGUUUCAGUCUCUCGCUCGCUUGCGCUUUAUCGUGCGCUCCCGGCUUCGCCUCGGCUUGUGUGAGUUUUCUCAUGCCUGGAAGCCCGUUGAGUCGCGCGUGCCACCACGGCGUUUGAAUUCGUCAUUAGAGCAGCGUUUUGUGCUUGCGAGGAGGCUCGGCAUUGUUUGGUAGGGAACUGGUGAUCAGGAGGGAGAGGUGGCGUGGCGUGGCGUGGCGUGGCGUGGGGAGAGUGCUUGGAGGUUGUGUGUGAAUAGCGGCGUGGAGUGAGCCUGAAGAACGGAUGGUGAAGCGUAAAGCGUUGCAGUGGCUCGGACAAUUUUGAUUCGUGAGGAUACGGGGGAAUUGUUAUUUGGAACUGGAUUUUGGAUUUUUAUUUUUAUUUUUAUUUUUUUUGUUGUUGUUAUUGUUAUGGUUGAUCUGAUUCCCCGCCCGACUUGUUGAAUAUAAUCACAUGCGGUAGCUUUUGAUGUUCGUGUUAGUAAUGUGUUGUUGAUGAGGUUUGCUGUAGGAUUCUGUUGGCAGUACCGUUGUACGAGGGAUGUUGGAUGCCAUAUGAGGCGUAAUUUACUUGAUAAAGAGGCUAACCACGAGAUUUUAAAAUAUGAGUACAUUUUUUGCUGAGAAUUUAAUCUUUUUUGUUUGCAUAGUCCUACUUUUACUACUUUAAUUUAAAUUACAGAAUGAUAUGACCUGCAAGACUAUUGUAGAGCUUCAAUUUCAAAAAGAGACAAGGAAAUGAUUAGAUUUGUAUGAUCGAGCUUAACGGUUAUAAACGAGCGUUAGUUUGGAAGCUGAUGUCUAAACUAGCAGCUUUGUACCUUGUAUGUUGACCAUUAAGUCGCAUCACACAUGAGCUCUAUUCUGAGGUUUCUAGUCUAAGAAUGGUGACGCAUGACACAACAUGUACUAAGAUUAUCAAUUUCCAAUUCCUGACAAUAUUAUUUGCUGUCAAUGUUUCAGAAGCUUAGCAGUAUAUGUGCUGCAAUGUCGAAUGCGCUAGGAUGUCAAUUCCGGUUUUCAAUGUCAGCUCCUCCAACUACGGUUGCCUCGGGUCGAAUAUCAAGACUGUUAUUUAAUUCGAACGUAUUCACUUUUAAUAAGAGUGCGAUGAGUACGCAUCUUGCAAGGGGCUCAGCAGUACGAUGUGAACAUCACGUUCUAGGAAGACUUGGGGGGCAGGGUAGGUCGUCGAGAAGGAUAAAGCUGAAGAAGAUCAAGUUAUCAAGUAGCGGAUUCUUAUCUGGCAAGAUUAACUUGCCACGUAUUCCUUACGGGGUCAGUAAUAAUGCCAAGUUAGGUAGUCCUGUUGCUGCAAGUAACCUUAACGAUGCGAACUCAGCCACACAAGCGGCAGAACAGUUGGGCCAGUCGCUGAAAGACCUUGGAACGUAUGUUGGUUCAUACAACGGUCCAGAGGACAUUCUAAAAAACAUAAAAUCGCUCAACCAAUCCGUAGCCACAUUAGUUGGAAAAGCAACUGAAAUUUCCACCUCAUUGAUAACGAAUAUACAAAGUCAGACCUCUACAACCGCGAACUUGAAGAACUUGGAAUCGCUACAGGAUGCUUUUGGAAAAGUGAGUCAAUCGGCGUCGUUGGUUGCACAGAAGUCCGUAGACUUGUCGACCGCUGCGUUGUCCGCUCUUCCAGCCGAUUUGAAGAGCUUUCAAGCUCAGACCAACGAAAUUGCCAGAACGUUGAAUUUGAGUUCGGGGUUAAAAUCCUUGCAGGAAAGCGUUGAUAUUGCAAGCCAAUCGCUAUCUGCUCUUCUCGAAGAAAAUUCUUCAGGGUUUAACUCUGCCAUGCUAAGCUCUUCGAUAUCUAAUGACAGUGGCAAGAUUUCCAGUCUUCAGCAUGUUGAAGCAUCAUUAGUUAACGUGCUACACAAUGCGAAAAUAUUGGCUUCCGAGUUGGGAACGAAGAUUACUCAGUUACCGAGUGACGGUACUCAUCGUACUCAUCUUGAUAUGUCCUCUGUCUCCGCUCCUAUAGAGCAGGUGCUUACUCAACUUGGAAAUUCUGUUCUUGAAUACUCGAGCUCAUCAUCGUUGUUAACCGGGGUUAUGGAUUCAUCCUCACUGGCUACGAGUGCCCUCCUGGCUACUUUAGUCACAUCUGGUGCGGUUUUGUCGUCCUUCAAAUUGGCAGAGCUCAGUACGAGAAGUAGUUCGAAAGGCUUUGUUGAAGGCCAGGAUCUGCCAUUGAGAUAUGACGCAGAAAAAAUUGGUGCUUAUUUCCAAAAGCGACCGGUAGAUAUCAUUCUGCGGUCAGUUCGAAUCCUAUUUUCUUGUUCCUCACUAGUUGUGAACAUCCUCUUUGAUAAGUAUGUCGGACGGGAUCAAGAACUGGAACGGCUGAGAGCUACUCAGAUGGUUGCGCUCAUUGCAAGACUUGGUCCUACAGCUAUCAAGAUAGGACAAGCUUUGAGUAUCAGGCCAGACAUAUUACCAGUUGUGUACUUAGAAGAACUACAAAAGCUUCAAGAUCGUGUCCCACCGUUUUCAAACGAAGAAGCUAAGCGUCUGAUUUUAGAAGGUUUGGGUAAGCCAGUGGAGGACAUCUUCUCAGAACUAUCAGUGGAGCCUAUUGCAGCGGCAUCUUUAGGACAAGUCUACAAGGGACGGCUUCGAGAAACGGGAAACAUUGUUGCCGUUAAGGUGCAAAGACCAGGAGUCCUUGAAGGCAUCUCAAGAGAUUUGUUUCUGUUGAGACAAGGAGCACGAGCGCUUCAAGCUAUUCCUUCAGUCAACUCAGAUUUGGUGGCUCUUAUUGACACGUGGGCUAUCCGCUUCUUUGACGAGCUGGAUUAUGUGCAAGAGGCCAGAAAUGCCAUUCGGUUCUCUGAAGACAUGAAAUUAUUACCGAAUGUUACUGUACCAGGUGUAUAUCUUGAUUACACUUCUCGCAAGGUUCUAACCAGCGUAUGGGUUGAGGGAGAGAAGUUGUCCGAAACAAGAGCAGCAGAUUUGUUACCACUCAUCAGCACAGCUUUAAACUGUUACUUAAUGCAGCUUUUGGAGUCUGGUUUUCUUCAUGCAGAUCCUCAUCCGGGGAACUUGCUCCGCACCCCUGACGGCCGUCUUUGUGUAUUGGAUUUUGGACUUAUGACGGAGGUGACAGAAGAUCAGCGUUACACUCUGAUUGAGUAUAUUUCUCAUAUAGUGAAUUCAGAUUAUGCCCGUGUUGCCGAGGAUUUGGUGAGGCUGGGCUUUGUUCCUCCGGAGUUUGUUGACCCUGAGAAGACUAAAGCAGUAGUGCCUCAACUCAGUCGCGUAUUGGGACAACUCACUAGAGGAGGGGGAGCUCGGAAAGUGAACAUUCAACAGAUUACGGACGACCUUGCAAACAUGUCUAAAGACUACGUGUUUGUAAUUCCACCGUACUUCGCGCUUAUUCUUCGUGCUUUCUCCGUACUCGAAGGAAUCGGAUUGGAUGCUGAUCCCGAUUACACUAUUGUCGAUGAAUGCUACCCUUACAUAUCCAAACGAUUGCUUACCGAUGAUAGUCCUCGCACUCGUGCUGCUUUGCAGUACUUCCUCUACGGUGGUAAAUCACAACUUGAUGCUACAAGAGUUGAGGAGAUAAUUUCUGGCUUUCAAAGUUUUCGAGAGCUUAUGGUUCCUACCUCUGGUGGAGAAAGUCCUCGAAAAUUGGAACCCAUAGACCCAGCGACAAAGGAUGCCUUGCUACUGCUGUUUUCACCAGAAGGCAGCUUCGUUCAGGAUAUUCUGCUUACCGAGCUUGUGCGAGCAGUGGAUGCCUUGUCUCGACAGGCAUUAGCAGAGUUAUGGAGAUCUGUUGCGAUGUCCAUCCGGUUUCCUCUUCCUGCAGCUCUUCUCGCACCCGGUUCUUGGCCACUUCCGCUUCCGGGCUUGUUGUUAGGAUCAAGCCCCACUGCAAAACUUACAGAGGAAGAUGUGAAGUCUCUGGAGACAGUGAGGAGAAUCUGGGCAUUAUUGGAACCUCAAUUCCAACAACAAAACUCAGUAUCAGACGUAUUUGAAGUUGUGCAAGAUGGGUUCCCAUUUUUCCGUGACCUUCUUCCCGGAGUAAGCACCUCUGCUCAGAAGUUUUUGGUUCUGCUGCUGCAAAGACAAGCCCUCCGUUUGGCAGACGAUCUUGAAGCGGCAAGCACCAACAUUUCGACGUCUAACCAUCUUGAGCUUGAUACGCGGUUGAAUACGUCGCCCAUGCCACCCGCACCAAUUCUUACUCCAGAGAAGACAAUAUCUGAUGAUCAUUUGUUGAACGGAUCUACUGUGCUUCACUUGAAGGGUGAAGAUGUGGUGAAAGGAUCAACUGAGCUUUAUUUGGAGGAUAAGGGUGGCAUGAAGGAAAGUAGUGUGCUUCAGUUGGGGGAUGAAAGUACUUUGAAAGAAUCCGCUGCUCUUCAGUUGGAGGAAGUAGGGUAGUGGCGAACGUUUAGAUUUAAUCGUUACCCUUUGCAGACGAUGUCGAUGCUUUAUAGUCACGAAUGUAUUUUACAAUUAUUGAGCUGUUGUACAAAGAGAAUCAGCAGAUGUUGGACUUUUUACUUUUACUAUUGUUACUAUUUUAAAAUCUGCCCAGUGUGAUUUCAAUCUCGUAAUCUGGACAAAUCUUUUUGUCUUCAA